AGUUUUCUUUGGAUUUUACUAAUUUUUUGCCAUCUCAUUCCUUACAGGAAGAAGUCCUUCCUCUUCUCUGCGCUCUACGCUGCCUGCAUACUUGGUGGGCGGCAUGUAAUGAAACAAAGGGAGAAGUUUGAAUUGAGGAAACCUUUAGUACUAUGGUCUUUAACACUUGCAGCCUUCAGUAUAUUUGGUGCCAUCAGAACUGGAGGCUACAUGAUGAACAUCUUGAUGACCAAAGGCCUAAAGCAGUCAGUGUGUGAUCAGAGUUUCUACAACGGACCAGUCAGCAAGUUCUGGGCCUAUGCUUUUGUCCUCAGCAAGGCACCUGAACUAGGAGACACACUAUUCAUCGUGUUACGCAAGCAAAAGCUGAUUUUCCUGCACUGGUAUCAUCACAUCACAGUUUUGCUCUAUUCCUGGUACUCCUACAAGGACAUGGUGGCUGGCGGGGGCUGGUUCAUGACCAUGAACUAUCUGGUGCACGCCGUCAUGUAUUCUUACUACGCUCUUCGGGCCUCCGGCUUCAAAAUCUCUCGCAAGUUUGCCAUGUUCAUCACCUUGACGCAGAUCACCCAGAUGGUGAUGGGCUGCGUGGUCAACUACCUGGUGUACUCGUGGAUGCAGCAAGGCCAAGAGUGCCCGUCCCACGUGCAGAACAUUGUGUGGUCUUCCCUCAUGUACCUCAGCUACUUUGUGCUCUUCUGCCAGUUCUUCUUCGAAGCCUACAUCACCAAGACCAAAUCCAAAGCAGCCAAGAAAAGCCAAUAAGACAAGAAAAUUAUUUUUAAAAAUCAAAUAAGGAGGGGUGGGAAAAAAAAAAUGGACCAAUGAUUGGUAGUGGAUGGAUGAGUCUUUACAGUUACAGCUUAUGAACUUGCAGAAGAAGCAAAGACCAUGAGGGGCUACUAUCAAAGCUUGUGCAUACUGUACUAUUAACGUAUAGAGAUAAACCUCCCCACCACUAGGGAAGGUCUUCUGAGCUGAACUGAGAAAUCAUUAUGAUUAUAUCAGUUGAACAAAAAAAAAUGUGUCUUUAUGUAAUGUUUACGUGCCCAAUACAAUUCUCUGUAUUUAAAAGAAAAGAAAUGUAUAGAUUAAAAAAGGGAUGCAAAAUAAAUUAAAACAGAAUUAAGGAGAAGUCGAAAUGGACUGGGAAAUUAUAUGGAUAGAAUAUUUGUGUGGUUAUGUCUAAACAUUAAAUGUUACUGUUGCAUUUUUAUUUUUAUUGAUAGCUUGUGUACGGCAGUUUUGUACGAAAGCCAUGUUAAUGGAAAACUGGUAAAUGUUGAGCUAAAAAUGCCACAGUGUGUUCUAUGUCGCAGCACCAAAAUUCUCUCAGGUCUUAAGAGUUUUCCAUUAGAUGUUCAUAUCAUUUUAGAAA